GAUUUACGUUGCAUCUCUAAACUGCUCCAAGCAGUUUAUGUUGGUGGUUAACUCUGUGUUACCGGUGUUACUUCUACCUAAGCUCCGCCCCACAGGUGGAACAACCAAUCGAUAUUGGCACAACGACUGAGAGAGACUGACUCUGUAGGACGGGGUUUGUCUAAAGACCGUCUGAGGCUGAAAUACUGUUAACAUGAAGUUCAUACUGAACAUAACAGCAUUACAGAGAGAGAGAGAGAGAGAGAGAGGGAGAGAGAGCGAGAAGGUCAAUGCAUCAUGGGAGAUCACCCGGCAGUCUAGGCCUAUAGCAGCAUAACUAAGGGAUGGUUCAAGCCUGAGCCAACCCUAACUAUAAGCUUUAUCAAAGAGGAAAGUUUUAAGCCUACUCUUAAAGGUACAGAGGGUGUUUCUGCCUCCCGGACCGAAACUGGGAGAAGGUUCCACAGUAGAGGAGCCUGAUAACUGAAGGCUCUGCCUCCCAUUCUACUCCUGGAAACUCUGGGAACCACCAGUAAACCAGCAUUCUAAAAGUGCAGAGUCCUAGUGGGAUUGUAGGAGACUAUGAGACCUUUAAGGUAAGAUGGAGCCUGACCAUUAAGGGCUUUGUAUGUGAGGAGGAGGAUUUUGAAUUCUACUCUGGAUUUGACUGGGAGCCAAUGUAGAGAGGCUAACACAGGAGAAAUAUGGUCUCUCUUCCUAGUUCCUGUCAGUAAUGGUGCUGCAGCAUUUUGAAUCAACUGCAGAGUCUUUAGAGACUUGUUGAGGCAGCCUGAUAAUAAUGAAUUACAGUAGUCCAGCCUGGAAGUAACAAAUGCAUGGACUAGUUUUUCUGCAUCUUUUUGGGACAGAAAAUGUCUGAUUUUGGUGAUAUUAUGCAGGUGAAAGAAGGCAGUCCUAGAAGUUUGUUUCAGUGAGUUAAAGGACAAAUCCUGAUCAAAGAUGACUCCCAGAUUCUUUACAGUGGAGCUGGGAGCCAGGGCAAUGCCGUCUAAUGGAACUACAUCAUUAGAAAAUUUAUUUCUGAUGUGUUCAGAACCAAUUUUAAUGACUUCAAUUUUAUCUGAGUUCAGUAGUAAAAAGUUGCUUGUCAUCCAAGUUUUAAUGUCCCUAAGACAAGCUUGGAGUUUGGCUAGAUGAUUGGUUUCAUUAGGCUCCACUGACAGAUAAAGCUGUGUAUCAUCUGCAUAACAAUAGAAAUUUAUGGAGUGUUUCCUGAUAAUAUUGCCCAAGGGAAGCAUAUACAGAGGAUUGUAAUCCAAGUAUCUCAGAAAUGAUCACAUAUGUUCCGUGUCCUUACAUCUCAUAUUACAGAUGAAGAAUCCAGAGAACAUGUGACAAGUCUCCCUGUCUUUAUUGGUUUUACAUUGUAUUGUCAAACCCGACUUUUACUGAGAACCUGAGUUAAACUCUCCUUGUAGUUCAGAGCUCUGGUUUUCAUGUUUUCUAGUUUAUUUAUCUGUUGACAAGAAAGAAAAUAUCCACAACUAUCAAACAUAAUAAAUUAUCAAUCAAUCAAUCGUUAAUGUAUCAGCAGACAAGACACAGAGUAAAGUUACAACUAUUCUGAGAGUAAAGACCAAAACUAAAACUUUUCUUUGGAUACUUAAAAUUUAUUUUACUGGUAAUAUGAUAAUAUUUACUGAAGUUAAUAUUUGAACGCAGUAUUUUUACUCACUGAAGUAAAGUAACUGAGUACUCUUUUUACUCUGUUUAUAUGUGUUGUCUGAUUAAAUCAGAUUUUCCGUCUGUUUAUAGUUAUUCUCCUGUUUUUACAUUAACUGACUCAGUGACUGCUUUCCGAGCCUUUAUUGGUCCGUGAACGCCUCAGCAGCGGUGAGCGGCCUCGCGCGCUGAUUAGACCUGAUUAAACUCACCUGUGGGUGUAACGGCAGCGACCUGCGCUGUCGCGUCUGAACCGGACCGAGUGGCUCAGUUCUCGGUGAAGGAGACCGGAGACCGGAGACCGGGAUGCAGAAAGGACUCAAGAAGUACUUCGUCAACAUGGACGAGUACCUGUCCAGUCUGAGACUGUACCGGAAGAUGGUGGCGCGAGACGCGUCCAGUCUGUUCCGAGCCGUGUCAGAGCAGUUGUAUUACUCCCAGAACUACCAUCAGAGAAUCCGUCAGGACUGCGCCAACUUCAUGAGAGCCAAUAGAUGCAACUUUGAACCGUUUGUUGAAGGUUCCUUUGAGAAAUACCUGGAGCGUUUAGAGGACCCGAAGGAGACGGUGGGUCAGGUGGAGAUCAGGGCUCUGUCUCAGCUCUACAGGCGUUGUUUCCUGAUCUAUCGUUACCCGGGGAAACCAGCCACAGUGAUCUCAGAGGACGACUACGUGGACAAGGUGAUGUUGUGUUGCUCCAUCAAUGGUCACUACGACAUCGUUUACCAGAGGAGUUACCCCGCCUCGGCUGCCCUCUGUCAGUCUCUCCUGUACGAGCUCCUCUACACUCAGGUGUUCGGGGUGGAGGAGGUGGAGCUCUGUCAGGCCAUGGAAGCCUUCAGGGUCGGAGGUCGUCGCUAUAGAAACAGUCCAUCAGUGUGCAGUGAUGUCGACGUUGGGUACGACACACCUGAGGACCGAGGACAAAGGGAGGAGGUGGAGUCGGGAGGAGCUCCUGAGGAGAAACACAGAGCUGUGACGGACGACUCAAAGCCUCCUGCAGAUGCUCCUCCUCCCUCCAGACUGUCUCUGCCGUACAAAGUGAUGAAGUCUCUGGACGGAGAAGUUUACAGGAACCUGGAGUUCGACGUGUGGCAGGACACCUGUAAAGAGAUGCAGAAGACGGACUACAUGGUGUUUGCAGGGAGGCAGUACUUCCUGGGAGACAAGUGUCAGGUGCGUCUGGAGCCAAAGGGGAAGUACUACAACGCUUUCAUCCAGGAAGUAGGAACACAUUCAUCGGCUGUCACCGUCUUCAUCGAGGAGCUGGGAGAGAAACACCUGGUUCCUCUGACUGAUCUGAAACCCGUCAAUCCAGUUCCUGCCUGGAACGUCGCUGCUCCCACUAGAAAAGGAGACCUGGACUCAGACUCUCGUGGUCAGCGUCAUCACCGCCAUCGUUACUUCAGGAAGUCUCGAGGCAGCAGUGGGGUGAAGGGGGCGGAGCUGCUGAUGCCCCCGCCCUCCUCAUAUGGAGGCCCAGCCCCCACCACCCUGCCACCUCGCUUCCAACCAUCAGGUCACCCCCGCCCACCCCUUCCUCCAUCCCCGUCCUCCAUGACCUACGACCCCUACGCCCCUCCACACCACCACCCCCCUGCAGCUAGACCUCCUCGCUACGGAGCCUCGAGAAGCUCAACCCGUUUCCUGAACCGUCACCUGAUUGGUCCACAGCUGACCUAUUACCACCCUGGCAGACGAUAUUAUCACGACUACGAGAACUACGCCUUCAGGUCACGUCGUAGUCGGCGUCAGCUCGUCGCAGCUCUGAAUAAAGAGUGUCAGUUUGGUUUCACGGCGGAUUCAGUGGAGGAGUCGGCUGAUCUGGAUGCAGCCAUCGCAUACUACCAGCUGGACGACACCGGCGACACCGUCUUCCCGCCACUGCCGGGUCCGGCCGUGGCCCCACCCACUGCACUGGGCCCCCCUCCCCCCCCUCCUGGCUCCUCCUUCAGAGUUCAGAGAGGCUCGGGGCCCCUCCCCCAGGCCCCCCCACCUGGAAACACCCCCGUCUGCUCUUCAGAAGAGGACCAGGAGGACACGAGCACUGUGGAGGACCAGGCGGAGUUCACAGAGGAGUACAUGUUCAGCUCUCAGGAUCAGAGCUACCAGGCCUCAGGUGUUUACACUGCUGCUGAGCCCUCCACCAACCAGGACGAGCAGGAAGGAGGUGCUGCUGACUCUCCACCGAGACCAGACAUGAACUACAACUACACACAGCAGGUAGUGAAGCCGUUGGCCGUCAUCUGCUCCUCACCCUCCUCCUCCUCCUCCUCACCCUCCUCUCCAUCAUCACAUAUACCUGCAGCUGCUCACCUGCCUCCACCUGCACACACGCAGCCUCGCUCAGUUACCAUGGCAACGAUCCCAGCCUCCUCCCCCUGGUUGGUUAACGAGCUGGGUGAACCUCUCUGCACCAUGGUGGCUCCGCCCCCUUACUCCUACGACCCUAAUGGCAGCGACCUACCCCGAGACUGCAGAGUCCUCCAGUAUUACUUCAACUUAGGAGUCCAGUGGUACCAUCAGAGCUGUUGGCAGCAGCAGCAGCAGCAGACGUACCCCCCCACUUCACCAGACGCCCCCUACACCUAUCAACACUACCCCCCCUACCUGAGCCAGGAACCCCUGCAUGCUGCCCCUCAGUCCUACCCUGAGACAGGCCGGAGCUCCCAUCAGCCCCCCUCCUCCUACCCAGAAUCCACCAGGGCAGGUGAUGGACAGACCGAUGGACACAGCAGUGGCCCCUCCCCCUCUAUGGAAGGCUCCUCACCCUCUUCUAUCAGCUCCGUCCCUCCAGGCUCCGCCCCAUCCCCUGCGCUCCUGUACCCGGACCAGACGUCUCUCCCCCCACCCCCAAUUCUGCACCUGCCGUAUGAGGCUCCUCCCCCGACCACCUACCUGCCCUCUGCCCCUCACCCCCCUCAUCCUCACCCCGCCCACCUCCCCCAUCACUCCUCCUACCACUGCCUCCCCCCAUCUGCCCACUGGGGAACGCUCCAGACCGGAGGCCACGCCCCAAGAGUUUACUGCCCUGCCCCUAACCCCGCCCAUGUGGUCGGUUACAUCACAGCCCCGCCCCCACACCACACAGCCACACACUACAUCCCCCCCGCCAUCUAACACACACACAUCCUGAAAUUUCCAACACACCUCACCGGUUAGCUCGCAGCUAACGCAUGCUAAUGGAUGUUUCCACAGGAAGACAUUGCAAAAUAACAUUUAAAAACUUAUAGUUGAAAAAAAUACAAAUAUUGAAACAAGGAUUAAAAUAAAAAAUUAAUGUGGCAAUAAUACAUUUAUUUAAAAAGUGAACAGAUGAUUAAAAAUGUUGGUGUUGAUGUCUUCCUGUGGUAGCGAGUUAGCAUGUUAGCUUCACAUUGAAAACAAUGGGGGGGUUUCUGCACAUAUUAGCUGUUAGCUUGUGGCUAAAUAAUCUCUUUCAGUUAUUUUGUAACUGCAACAAAAAUCUGAAAUACCUCUGACACAACUCACCUGUGUCAGAAUCACUUCCUGUUCUCUGGACGUUUGUUAAGAGUUAAUUAUUUGACUUGUUGUUUCCUAUUACUGUGGCAACAGCAGUGAGAGUGUCACAGGUUGUCGUAGGACAGCUGUGGAUGUGGCUGCCUGAGAAAAACGACUGAUUUCUGUGUUUGUUAAAGUGUCAGCCAGCCAAUCAGAGAGAGGGGGCGGGGCCUCGCGCUGGGCGUGGUCAGUCCCUGUUGAUGAGGGGAUGUAUUUAUGUUGAUGUUUUGUUCAAACUGGUCACAGUGAUUUGUUUUGUUUUGGGAGAAUAAAUUUUUUUUUCACCAGCAGACGGACGACUGUCGAUCUGUUUCAUCAGUGGUCACAUGAUGUCACCUGGUCAGAAAAAUCUGUUGCUAUGAAACAUCUGCAGCAUCGUCCAAUCAGGAGAGUUUUUAUCAUAUGCAGGUGUUACACAGAAAUCUGUUUCAGUUUUUUUACAGGAAGUGUCCGACAGGCUCAGAUAUUAGCAUGCUAACAUUGGCUUUGUGCUCAGCAGCUCCACCUGCAGUCAGAGGGUGGAAGUGUUUGAUCUGGUUUAUUUGGUGCAGCCUGAUUUAAUCUAGAGACGAUAAAACUCAGAGGUUAAAGGUCAUAAAGCUUCACUGUGAAAACACUACUCAGUACAAAUGUGAGGUACUUUACUCUGUUCGUGUCUGUAACUUUAUUAUUUCUACUGAAGAGCUGAAGGAGAUUCAGAGGAUCGUGUGUGUG